AUGAUCAUUAACAAUGAGGUCUCCAAUGACCCUUCCACUAUAGCCAAUGACCCUUCCACUAUAGCCAAUGACCCUUCCACUACAGCCAAUGACCCUUCCACUACAGCCAAUGACCCUUCCACUAUAGCCAAUGACCCUUCCACUAUAGCCAAUGACCCUUCCACUACAGCCAAUGACCCUUCCACUAUAGCCAAUGACCCUUCCACUAUAGCCAAUGACCCUUCCACUACAGCCAAUGACCCUUCCACUACAGCCAAUGACCCUUCCACUAUAGCCAAUGACCCUUCCACUAUAGCCAAUGACCCUUCCACUACAGCCAAUGACCCUUCCACUACAGCCAAUGACCCUUCCACUAUAGCCAAUGACCCUUCCACUACAGCCAAUGACCCUUCCACUAUAGCCAAUGACCCUUCCACUAUAGCCAAUGACCCUUCCACUAUAGCCAAUGACCCUUCCACUAUAGCCAAUGACCCUUCCACUAUAGCCAAUGACCCUUCCACUACAGCCAAUGACCCUUCCACUACAGCCAAUGACCCUUCCACUAUAGCCAAUGACCCUUCCACUAUAGCCAAUGACCCUUCCACUACAGCCAAUGACCCUUCCACUACAGCCAAUGACCCUUCCACUACAGCCAAUGACCCUUCCACUAUAGCCAAUGACCCUUCCACUAUAGCCAAUGACCCUUCCACUAUAGCCAAUGACCCUUCCACUACAGCCAAUGACCCUUCCACUACAGCCAAUGACCCUUCCACUAUAGCCAAUGACCCUUCCACUAUAGCCAAUGACCCUUCCACUAUAGCCAAUGACCCUUCCACUAUAGCCAAUGACCCUUCCACUACAGCCAAUGACCCUUCCACUAUAGCCAAUGACCCUUCCACUAUAGCCAAUGACCCUUCCACUAUAGCCAAUGACCCUUCCACUAUAGCCAAUGACCCUUCCACUACAGCCAAUGACCCUUCCACUAUAGCCAAUGACCCUUCCACUAUAGCCAAUGACCCUUCCACUAUAGCCAAUGACCCUUCCACUAUAGCCAAUGACCCUUCCACUACAGCCAAUGACCCUUCCACUAUAGCCAAUGACCCUUCCACUAUAGCCAAUGACCCUUCCACUAUAGCCAAUGACCCUUCCACUAUAGCCAAUGACCCUUCCACUAUAGCCAAUGACCCUUCCACUAUAGCCAAUGACCCUUCCACUAUAGCCAAUGACCCUUCCACUAUAGCCAAUGACCCUUCCACUACAGCCAAUGACCCUUCCACUACAGCCAAUGACCCUUCCACUAUAGCCAAUGACCCUUCCACUAUAGCCAAUGACCCUUCCACUACAGCCAAUGACCCUUCCACUAUAGCCAAUGACCCUUCCACUACAGCCAAUGACCCUUCCACUACAGCCAAUGACCCUUCCACUAUAGCCAAUGACCCUUCCACUAUAGCCAAUGACCCUUCCACUACAGCCAAUGACCCUUCCACUAUAGCCAAUGACCCUUCCACUAUAGCCAAUGACCCUUCCACUACAGCCAAUGACCCUUCCACUACAGCCAAUGACCCUUCCACUAUAGCCAAUGACCCUUCCACUAUAGCCAAUGACCCUUCCACUAUAGCCAAUGACCCUUCCACUACAGCCAAUGACCCUUCCACUACAGCCAAUGACCCUUCCACUAUAGCCAAUGACCCUUCCACUAUAGCCAAUGACCCUUCCACUAUAGCCAAUGACCCUUCCACUAUAGCCAAUGACCUUUCCACUAUAGCCAAUGACCCUUCCACUAUAGCCAAUGACCCUUCCACUAUAGCCAAUGACACUUCCACUAUAGCCAAUGACCCUUCCACUACAGCCAAUGACCCUUCCACUACAGCCAAUGACCCUUCCACUAUAGCCAAUGACCCUUCCACUAUAGCCAAUGACCCUUCCACUAUAGCCAAUGACCCUUCCACUAUAGCCAAUGACCCUUCCACUAUAGCCAAUGACCCUUCCACUACAGCCAAUGACCCUUCCACUACAGCCAAUGACCCUUCCACUAUAGCCAAUGACCCUUCCACUACAGCCAAUGACCCUUCCACUACAGCCAAUGACCCUUCCACUACAGCCAAUGACCCUUCCACUAUAGCCAAUGACCCUUCCACUAUAGCCAAUGACCCUUCCACUAUAGCCAAUGACCCUUCCACUAUAGCCAAUGACCCUUCCACUACAGCCAAUGACCCUUCCACUACAGCCAAUGACCCUUCCACUAUAGCCAAUGACCCUUCCACUAUAGCCAAUGACCCUUCCACUACAGCCAAUGACCCUUCCACUACAGCCAAUGACCCUUCCACUACAGCCAAUGACCCUUCCACUAUAGCCAAUGACCCUUCCACUAUAGCCAAUGACCCUUCCACUAUAGCCAAUGACCCUUCCACUACAGCCAAUGACCCUUCCACUACAGCCAAUGACCCUUCCACUAUAGCCAAUGACCCUUCCACUAUAGCCAAUGACCCUUCCACUAUAGCCAAUGACCCUUCCACUAUAGCCAAUGACCCUUCCACUACAGCCAAUGACCCUUCCACUAUAGCCAAUGACCCUUCCACUAUAGCCAAUGACCCUUCCACUAUAGCCAAUGACCCUUCCACUAUAGCCAAUGACCCUUCCACUACAGCCAAUGACCCUUCCACUAUAGCCAAUGACCCUUCCACUAUAGCCAAUGACCCUUCCACUAUAGCCAAUGACCCUUCCACUAUAGCCAAUGACCCUUCCACUACAGCCAAUGACCCUUCCACUAUAGCCAAUGACCCUUCCACUAUAGCCAAUGACCCUUCCACUAUAGCCAAUGACCCUUCCACUAUAGCCAAUGACCCUUCCACUAUAGCCAAUGACCCUUCCACUAUAGCCAAUGACCCUUCCACUAUAGCCAAUGACCCUUCCACUAUAGCCAAUGACCCUUCCACUACAGCCAAUGACCCUUCCACUACAGCCAAUGACCCUUCCACUAUAGCCAAUGACCCUUCCACUAUAGCCAAUGACCCUUCCACUACAGCCAAUGACCCUUCCACUAUAGCCAAUGACCCUUCCACUACAGCCAAUGACCCUUCCACUACAGCCAAUGACCCUUCCACUAUAGCCAAUGACCCUUCCACUAUAGCCAAUGACCCUUCCACUACAGCCAAUGACCCUUCCACUAUAGCCAAUGACCCUUCCACUAUAGCCAAUGACCCUUCCACUACAGCCAAUGACCCUUCCACUACAGCCAAUGACCCUUCCACUAUAGCCAAUGACCCUUCCACUAUAGCCAAUGACCCUUCCACUAUAGCCAAUGACCCUUCCACUACAGCCAAUGACCCUUCCACUACAGCCAAUGACCCUUCCACUAUAGCCAAUGACCCUUCCACUAUAGCCAAUGACCCUUCCACUAUAGCCAAUGACCCUUCCACUAUAGCCAAUGACCUUUCCACUAUAGCCAAUGACCCUUCCACUAUAGCCAAUGACCCUUCCACUAUAGCCAAUGACACUUCCACUAUAGCCAAUGACCCUUCCACUACAGCCAAUGACCCUUCCACUACAGCCAAUGACCCUUCCACUAUAGCCAAUGACCCUUCCACUAUAGCCAAUGACCCUUCCACUAUAGCCAAUGACCCUUCCACUAUAGCCAAUGACCCUUCCACUAUAGCCAAUGACCCUUCCACUACAGCCAAUGACCCUUCCACUACAGCCAAUGACCCUUCCACUAUAGCCAAUGACCCUUCCACUACAGCCAAUGACCCUUCCACUACAGCCAAUGACCCUUCCACUACAGCCAAUGACCCUUCCACUAUAGCCAAUGACCCUUCCACUAUAGCCAAUGACCCUUCCACUAUAGCCAAUGACCCUUCCACUAUAGCCAAUGACCCUUCCACUAUAGCCAAUGACCCUUCCACUACAGCCAAUGACCCUUCCACUACAGCCAAUGACCCUUCCACUAUAGCCAAUGCCUUCAGCUUGCACUUUUCACAAACGCCACAGCAGCUGUCCUACAGACAGACCUACAGACAGACCUACAGACAGGCCUACACACAGACCUACAGACAGACCUACACACAGGCCUACAGACAGACCUACAGACAGGCCUACAGACAGACCUACAGGACCCAUGACUGUGACACCAGCAGCUGUCCUACACACAGACCUACACACAGACCUACAGACAGGCCUACAAGACCCAUGACUCAGCUGUCCUACAGCCAGGCCUACACACAGACCUACAGACAUACCUACAGACAGGCCUACAGACAUACCUACACCCAGACCUACAGACAGACCUACAGGACCCAUGACUGUGACACCAGCAGCUGUCCUACACACAGACCUACAGACAGACCUACAGACAGGCCUACAGACAUACCUACACCCAGACCUACAGACAGACCUACAGGACCCAUCACUGUGACACCAGCAGCUGUCCUACACACAGACCUACAGACAGACCUACAGACAGACCUACAGACAGACCUACAGGACCCAUCACUACAGACCUACGGACAGGCCUACAGGACCCAUCACUGUGACACCAGCAGCUGUCCUACAGACAGACCUACAGACAGACCUACAGGACCCAUCACUGUGACACCAGCAGCUGUCCUACAGACAGACCUACAGACAGACCUACACGCAGACCUACAGACAGACCUACAGGACCCAUCACUACAGACCUACAGACAGGCCUACAGGACCCAUCACUGUGACACCAGCAGCUGUCCUACAGACAGACCUACAGACAGACCUACAGGACCCAUCACUCAGCUGUCCUACAGACAGACCUACAGACAGACCUACAGACAGACCUACAGACAGACCUACAGACAGGCCUACAGGACCCAUCACUGUGACACCAGCAGCUGUCCUACAGACAGACCUACAGACAGGCCUACAGGACCCAUCACUGUGACACCAGCAGCUGUCCUACACACAGACCUACAGACAGACCUACAGGACCCAUCACUACAGACCUACAGACAGACCUACACACAGACCUACAGACAGACCUACAGACAGACCUACAGACAGACCUACAGACAGGCCUACAGGACCCAUCACUGUGACACCAGCAGCUGUCCUACACACAGACCUACAGACAGACCUACAGACAGACCUACAGACAGACCUACAGACAGACCUACAGGACCCAUCACUCAGCUGUCCUACACACAGACCUACAGACAGACCUACAGACAGUCCUACAGACAGACCUACAGACAGGCCUACAGACAGACCUACAGACAGUCCUACAGACAGACCUACAGACAGGCCUACAGGACCCAUCACUGUGACACCAGCAGCUGUCCUGGUUCUCUCUGUCCCAAAGACGUCACUAGCGGUCCGUUUGUGCGUCUCUACAGAGCGGUCCGUUUGUGCGUCUCUACUGAGCGGUCCGUUUGUGCGUCUCUACAGAGCGGUCCGUUUGUGCGUCUCUACAGAGCGGUCCGUUUGUGCGUCUCUACAGAGCGGUCCGUUUGUGUGUCUCUACUGAGCGGUCCGUUGGUGCGUCUCUACAGAGCGGUCCGUUUGUGCGUCUCUACAGAGCGGUCCGUUUGUGCGUCUCUACUGAGCGGUCCGUUUGUGCGUCUCUACAGAGCGGUCCGUUUGUGCGUCUCUACUGAGCGGUCCGUUUGUGCGUCUCUACAGAGCGGUCCGUUUGUGCGUCUCUACAGAGCGAGCGGUCCGUUUGUGCGUCUCUACAGAGACAGAGCGGUCCGUUUGUGCGUCUCUACAGAGCGGUCCGUUUGUGCGUCUCUACAGAGCGGUCCGUUUGUGCGUCUCUACAGAGCGGUCCGUUUGUGCGUCUCUACAGAGCGGUCCGUUUGUGCGUCUCUACAGAGCGGUCCGUUUGUGCGUCUCUACAGAGCGGUCCGUUUGUGCGUCUCUACUGAGCGGUCCGUUUGUGCGUCUCUACAGAGCGGUCCGUUUGUGCGUCUCUACAGAGCGGUCCGUUUGUGCGUCUCUACAGAGCGGUCCGUUUGUGCGUCUCUACAGAGCGGUCCGUUUGUGCGUCUCUACAGAGCGGUCCGUUUUGUGCGUCUCUACAGAGCGGUCCGUUUGUGCGUCUCUACAGAGCGAGCGGUCCGUUUGUGCGUCUCUACAGAGCGGUCCGUUUGUGCGUCUCUACUGAGCGGUCCGUUUGUGCGUCUCUACUACGAGCGGUCCGUUUGUGCGUCUCUACAGAGCGGUCCGUUUGUGCGUCUCUACAGAGCGAGCGGUCCGUUUGUGCGUCUCUACAGAGCGGUCCGUUUGUGCGUCUCUACAGAGCGGUCCGUUUGUGCGUCUCUACAGAGCGGUCCGUUUGUGCGUCUCUACAGAGCGGUCCGUUUGUGCGUCUCUACAGAGCGGUCCGUUUGUGCGUCUCUACUGAGCGGUCCGUUUGUGCGUCUCUACAGAGCGGUCCGUUUGUGCGUCUCUACUGAGCGGUCCGUUUGUGCGUCUCUACAGAGCGAGCGGUCCGUUUGUGCGUCUCUACUGAGCGGUCCGUUUGUGCGUCUCUACAGAGCGGUCCGUUUGUGCGUCUCUACAGAGCGGUCCGUUUGUGCGUCUCUACAGAGCGGUCCGUUUGUGCGUCUCUACAGAGCGGUCCGUUUGUGCGUCUCUACAGAGCGGUCCGUUUGUGCGUCUCUACAGAGCGGUCCGUUUGUGCGUCUCUACAGAGCGAGCGGUCCGUUUGUGCGUCUCUACUCUCAGAGCGGUCCGUUUGUGCGUCUCUACAGAGCGGUCCGUUUGUGCGUCUCUACAGAGCGGUCCGUUUGUGCGUCUCUACAGAGCGGUCCGUUUGUGCGUCUCUACAGAGCGGUCCGUUUGUGCGUCUCUACAGAGCGGUCCGUUUGUGCGUCUCUACUGAGCGGUCCGUUUGUGCGUCUCUACAGAGCGGUCCGUUUGUGCGUCUCUACUGAGCGGUCCGUUUGUGCGUCUCUACAGAGCGGUCCGUUUGUGCGUCUCUACAGAGCGGUCCGUUUGUGCGUCUCUACUGAGCGGUCCGUUUGUGCGUCUCUACUGAGCGGUCCGUUUGUGCGUCUCUACAGAGCGAGCGGUCCGUUUGUGCGUCUCUACAGAGCGGUCCGUUUGUGCGUCUCUACAGAGCGGUCCGUUUGUGCGUCUCUACAGAGCGGUCCGUUUGUGCGUCUCUACAGAGCGGUCCGUUUGUGCGUCUCUACAGAGCGGUCCGUUUGUGCGUCUCUACAGAGCGGUCCGUUUGUGCGUCUCUACAGAGCGGUCCGUUUGUGCGUCUCUACUGAGCGAGCGGUCCGUUUGUGCGUCUCUACAGAGCGGUCCGUUUGUGCGUCUCUACAGAGCGGUCCGUUUGUGCGUCUCUACAGAGCGGUCCGUUUGUGCGUCUCUACUGAGCGGUCCGUUUGUGCGUCUCUACUGAGCGGUCCGUUUGUGCGUCUCUACAGAGCGGUCCGUUUGUGCGUCUCUACUGAGCGGUCCGUUUGUGCGUCUCUACAGAGCGGUCCGUUUGUGCGUCUCUACAGAGCGGUCCGUUUGUGCGUCUCUACAGAGCGAGCGGUCCGUUUGUGCGUCUCUACAGAGCGGUCCGUUUGUGCGUCUCUACAGAGCGGUCCGUUUGUGCGUCUCUACAGAGCGGUCCGUUUGUGCGUCUCUACUGAGCGGUCCGUUUGUGCGUCUCUACAGAGCGGUCCGUUUGUGCGUCUCUACAGAGCGGUCCGUUUGUGCGUCUCUACAGAGCGGUCCGUUUGUGCGUCUCUACUGAGCGGUCCGUUUGUGCGUCUCUACAGAGCGGUCCGUUUGUGCGUCUCUACUGAGCGGUCCGUUUGUGCGUCUCUACUGAGCGGUCCGUUUGUGCGUCUCUACAGAGCGGUCCGUUUGUGCGUCUCUACAGAGCGGUCCGUUUGUGCGUCUCUACUGAGCGGUCCGUUUGUGCGUCUCUACAGAGCGGUCCGUUUGUGCGUCUCUACAGAGCGGUCCGUUUGUGCGUCUCUACAGAGCGGUCCGUUUGUGCGUCUCUACAGAGCGGUCCGUUUGUGCGUCUCUACAGAGCGAGCGGUCCGUUUGUGCGUCUCUACAGAGCGGUCCGUUUGUGCGUCUCUACUGAGCGGUCCGUUUGUGCGUCUCUACAGAGCGGUCCGUUUGUGCGUCUCUACAGAGCGGUCCGUUUGUGCGUCUCUACAGAGCGGUCCGUUUGUGCGUCUCUACAGAGCGGUCCGUUUGUGCGUCUCUACAGAGCGGUCCGUUUGUGCGUCUCUACUGAGCGAGCGGUCCGUUUGUGCGUCUCUACAGAGCGGUCCGUUUGUGCGUCUCUACAGAGCGGUCCGUUUGUGCGUCUCUACAGAGCGGUCCGUUUGUGCGUCUCUACAGAGCGGUCCGUUUGUGCGUCUCUACAGAGCGGUCCGUUUGUGCGUCUCUACAGAGCGGUCCGUUUGUGCGUCUCUACUGAGCGGUCCGUUUGUGCGUCUCUACAGAGCGGUCCGUUUGUGCGUCUCUACUGAGCGGUCCGUUUGUGCGUCUCUACUGAGCGGUCCGUUUGUGCGUCUCUACAGAGCGGUCCGUUUGUGCGUCUCUACAGAGCGGUCCGUUUGUGCGUCUCUACAGAGCGGUCCGUUUGUGCGUCUCUACAGAGCGGUCCGUUUGUGCGUCUCUACAGAGCGGUCCGUUUGUGCGUCUCUACAGAGCGGUCCGUUUGUGCGUCUCUACAGAGCGGUCCGUUUGUGCGUCUCUACAGAGCGGUCCGUCUCUACAGAGCGGUCCGUUUGUGCGUCUCUACAGAGCGGUCCGUUUGUGCGUCUCUACAGAGCGGUCCGUUUGUGCGUCUCGGUCGUUUGUGCGUCUCUACGGUCGUUUGUGCGUCUCUACAGAGCGGUCCGUUUGUGCGUCUCUACUGAGCGGUCCGUUUGUGCGUCUCUACGAGCGGUCCGUUUGUGCGUCUCUACUGAGCGGUCCGUUUGUGCGUCUCUACUGAGCGGUCCGUUUGUGCGUCUCUACAGAGCGGUCCGUUUGUGCGUCUCUACUGAGCGGUCCGUUUGUGCGUCUCUACAGAGCGGUCCGUUUGUGCGUCUCUACAGAGCGGUCCGUUUGUGCGUCUCUACAGAGCGGUCCGUUUGUGCGUCUCUACAGAGCGAGCGGUCCGUUUGUGCGUCUCUACAGAGCGGUCCGUUUGUGCGUCUCUACAGAGCGGUCCGUUUGUGCGUCUCUACAGAGCGGUCCGUUUGUGCGUCUCUACUGAGCGGUCCGUUUGUGCGUCUCUACAGAGCGGUCCGUUUGUGCGUCUCUACAGAGCGGUCGUUUGUGCGUCUCUACAGAGCGGUCCGUUUGUGCGUCUCUACUGAGCGGUCCGUUUGUGCGUCUCUACUGAGCGGUCCGUUUGUGCGUCUCUACGAGCGGUCCGUUUGUGCGUCUCUACAGAGCGGUCCGUUUGUGCGUCUCUACAGAGCGGUCCGUUUGUGCGUCUCUACAGAGCGGUCCGUUUGUGCGUCUCUACAGAGCGGUCCGUUUGUGCGUCUCUACAGAGCGGUCCGUUUGUGCGUCUCUACAGAGCGGUCCGUUUGUGCGUCUCUACAGAGCGGUCCGUUUGUGCGUCUCUACAGAGCGGUCCGUUUGUGCGUCUCUACAGAGCGGUCCGUUUGUGCGUCUCUACUGAGCGGUCCGUUUGUGCGUCUCUACUGA